CCUGCAUCACUGAAAUAGACUGUCACACUUGUCAUCGGGAUUUAUUUUGGAAGUGCUGAUCUGUGACUCACGAAGGCUGACGGUCGGGUUUGUGGUUAGAUGAAGUUACCUGGCUGUGCUAGUGUGGAAAUCAAGUUUUAGUCGCUUUUAUUUCUUGGUUACAUUUGCAAAACGCACUUUGUUUAAAGGUGAUUUGGUGUGGCAGUCAUACUGAGUAUUCUUGUAGACGUUGCUUGUGCUGACAGUGAGGUGUGAAGAGGGGAAGAUGCUACUCGAGAGCGCAUUCAGACUUGGCUACAGACUGACGGACGUGGUGGAGAGUCUACGCCUCCAUGUGGACUCGGUAGUUGGAGCUCACACAACAAAGAAUUGUUUGACAUUCUUGGACAUGGCGCUGCAGUUUGUAGCAGAAGGUGCUGCCGGCGGCCUCAACGUCAUCGCCGUUUACAUAGCUGAGAUUCUGCACGCCACCGGAGUAGGCGAUCCUGUGUCUAUCCCUCGCUUCACCCCUGAGGGCAUGGCCUCUGCAGCGAAGUGGAUGCUACUGGCGGUGAUCAGUUACUUUCUGCUGUGCGCCGUGUUGCAUUUAGCUGUAGCAUUGUUACGGAGGGGAUUCUGGAUGCUGAAGAUCAUCAUGGUCAUGUGGCUCUUCAUUUGGAUCAUCAGUGAUCCAAAAGCCUCCUCCGACAUCACGAUUGCACGUUUGUUCCUGCUGGUGGUGUUCUCCGCUGUGUGGAGCGUAGCUGCUCGAGAGAAGAACAGGAUGGACCUGAGCAGCCUGGAGAAUCGACUGAAGAGUUUGGAGGGUAGAGUGGCCAUGAUGGAGAAGAGUAAAAUGAAGGGAUGAGAUGGAGAGAGAUCAAAAGAAAGAUUUUUUUUUUUUUUAAACUUGAUGUUAAAUCAAAUUCUUCACAGGUUUGCAUGUAUGUUAUGUAAAAUGAGCUACUCCUGAAUGUGGUGUGUAAUCACUGAACGCUAAAUUACUGAACGCUAAAUUACUCAACUCAAUGGAAAGACACGAUUUCUACACGGAUCCAAGAGAUGCCAUCAUGAAGUACAUUGUGAUUAUAGUGGAAUGGAAAAACCAUACUUGUAUUACAGGCAUUUAGCAGAUGCUCUUAUCCGGAGUGAUAUACAACAUCCCCCAGAGCAGUCUGGGAAGUAGGGCACUUCAGCCAUUCCUGCUAGUCCAGGGAAUCGAACCAGCAACCGUUUGGUCCCAAAACUGCUUUUCUAACCAGAAACCAUGGCUUCCCCUCUAAUAAACCACUUUAGUACAUGCUGUUAUAGCAAUCAAUCAACGACAGGGUGCUGUGAUACAAAGUGGAGGCCAGUUACAUUUGAUAUUGAGAAACAACUCCCAAAAAAAGCUAGUUCCUUUCAUCACCUUUCGACUAUUGCUGUAGCGGCGAUAAAUGGUUGUCCCCUUACCCACCUCUUUCUUUUGAAACUAGAAGGGUGUUUGGUAGAGUACCCUCCACUUAGUACCUCCACCAAGCCAUGUUUUUGGAUUUGUAUCAAAAUUUGUUCACUACUUUGAGUUAUGCUGGGAAAAACAAAAUCUCUAACAAAACUGGUGUACGUAAUUCACAAUACAAGAAGGCAGCUUGUUAUCAAGAACCAAAGAUCUCGGUCCUAACGACCUUCCCAUGUCCAAAAAAAAGUAAAGCUUUUUUUUAUUAUACACUCGUGAUGCUGGAGACUCCUAUCAAAAAUAAACUGUUCCUUAGAGAACGCUUCAUAUCAA